UACAAGAUUGGUGUUUCGAUCAAACGUGCUACUUUUGAUUUAAGUUGACCAAUGAAAGGUUUUGCGCUUUUCCAGGAAUGCUCGCAAAUUCCAGACUUACGCGAGUAAAUUCGUCGUCGCGAAGAAGAAGAAACGGGAUUGAACAGAUGAAAUUGGAAAGCAUAAUAUUGAAAAAGCAAAUUGUCACAGCAGAGAGUACAGAGUGUGUGCAUGGUGUGUACAGUGGUGCCUCAACCUUCAACUUAUGAAUGCCAUGAAAAUAUCAUCAUCAAACACAAUACAAUAUCAUGCCUUGCCAUAAAUUCAAACCCUCAACGAAGUUCAUUCCCGUCACCAUUGCGUAUUGUUUACUUAUAUGCACGACAGCAGUUUUCUUCACUUUUCCAUUACCUGGUUUAAUAGCAAUUCACCCUGCUAUUGCUGUGUACUCGGCUGUAUUGUUCCUGGCUGUUUUUCUAAAUUUUCUGCUUGCUACAUUUGUUGAUCCUGGAGUAUUUCCAAAAACUAAAGGAGAUGAGGAUGGGGAUGAGGACUUCCGUGCUCCAUUGUACAAAACUGCAGAAGUACAGGGAAUUCAAGUACGAAUGAAAUGGUGUGCAACCUGUCGCUUCUAUCGACCCCCAAGAUGUUCUCAUUGUAGUGUGUGCAAUCAUUGUAUUGAGAAGUUUGAUCAUCACUGCCCAUGGGUUAAUAAUUGCAUCGGAAAACGGAACUAUCGCUAUUUCUUCGUCUUUCUGUUGUCAUUAACAGCACACAUGGUUUCAGUCUUCACACUCACCUUGAAAUUUGUGUUGGAUAACCAGGAACGUAUCGGAGAUCAUGAAACUAUUAUAUCACUUGUGAUUCUUGGCGUUAUUGUUUUAGCUGCAUUUCCUGUCCUGAUUCUUGUUAUAUUUCACAUAUCACUGGUUUGUAGAGGAAGGACCACUAACGAACAGGUGACUGGAAAGUUUCGUAGUGGACAUAAUCCAUUUGAUGUUGGAUGUAGAAUGAACUGCAUUAAUGUGUUUUGUGCUCCUUUAUCACCAAGAUAUGUUGGCUACAGAGGUUUAGCAUCAAGUUUAGUUGAGAACAUAAUGUCAUCUACAGGUGACACCAUUGUGUCACAAAGCCAUGUGAAGCUAGAUGUAAAUGAAGAAGUUCGUGCUAACAUGAACAGCAAUUCAAAAGUAAUGCCAGCAGCAACACUUACACACUCACAAAACAACCAUAAGGUUCAAAGUUCAUCGGAGGUGCAAAGUUUGAGUAAUGAAAGUCAGGGAGAUGAUUGUGAAGCAGACCCUCCACCACCUCCACCCCAACUCAGUAACUCAAGCAUCAAUUUUCUACAAGAUUUGCCACAUUCUGAUAGGCAUGCCAAGUACAGUCACCAAAGUCCAAAUAUACAAAAGGAAGAAGCCAGCUCACACGAAAGUUUACAAUUAGUCAAUAGUUCAUCAUUAAGAACAUCAAACCAUCCAACUGACUUGCAUGGUGUGAAUGAAAGGAAAUUGAAUGAUACCAAUGGAAAUGGGUCAGUUUACCCAAUGGAACCAGAUAUUUUUGAGACUAGAAAAUCUACAAGGCAUCAUAUGAAUAAUGUAUCCAGAAGCAACAUGCUUAAUGGCAGUGGCCACUCAAAUGAUGCUCCAAGAAUUCGGCGUCCUAUCUCAUUUUUGACUGCUCUACAGAUGAGUGAAGAGGUUGAAGUUAUAAAGAAAAACCAUAAUCAUGGACCAUCAAGAAGUGAAUUUCCCAGAACCAAAGACCAAGACAAAAAUGAAAGAAAUAUUUAUACAAGUUUGGCUCAAGCUGCUGAGGAACGACCCCCUGCUAAAUAUGAAAUAUCAGUAUGACUAUUGUUAUUCCAUUUACACACUUUGCAUACCAUUGUUAAACUGUGACACAUCGUAGAGAUAAACAUGUAAAGCUAUGAUAAAAAGGGGGAAAUGUUGCUACUUCAUUGUUAUUUGGGAUCCAUGUACAUGUACAUCAUGUACUGCGCCUUGAACACCCAGCAGGGUGGAUAUGUGCGCAU